GGCGGAUUGUUACCGUGGCUGGUCGCGGCAGGAUACAUCGGGAGAUAUAAAUACACCCCCGAGAGGGCGAGGAAUCGUAUACGGCACCGCGUAGCUGUUAUCGCGUUAGCGAGAGCGAGCGGGCUGGCGCCAUGCACCACCGUUCGCGUCUCCUCUAAUAAGGGCGAGCGUCAUUACGCGGUGCGUACCGAAAAGCGCGCUCUGAGCAUCCCUUCCGGUCUUCCGAGGAGGUGAUCAUCCUCGAUUGUUCAUUCGAGGGGAGGAGAUCCGCGAGAUAGGAAAAUCACGAGUCGAGAGCUAGGCUGCUCCCGGAAGACCAUCGGCAAUUCGAUGCCGCACGCCGGUAAUCCGACGUCCGCUACAGCCGCGAGGAUAAGGCGGAGGCAGCUACCGACCACCCUCAAAAAAUGGUGGCCGUGGUGGUGGUUGCUGCUACCAGGGUGUUUGGCAUCGUGGACGCGACACGUCGAGGAGUACGACUCCAUUAGAGUGGCCAGGUGCGACGCCCGAUGCGGGGAGAAUCAUCCUGACGAGUGCGUGGAAAAUUGCCUGGCGUCGAAUUACACGAAACCUGGUUACUGUCCCGAGAGAAUGUCCAUGACGCCCUUCGAAGCUGCUUGCUUGAUCGCCUGCGUCGACGACUCCCGCUGUCCGGAUUUGGCGAAGUGUUGCUCCCACGAUUGCGGCAUCACGUGCAUGCAUCCCAUCGGUUUGGACAGUCGAAACGAUCUGCCAGCUAUACCCGAGAAUCUACAGAUACAACAGCAAAAGAGAAAUCUGGUAUUUCUGACGUGGCGCAACAGUAGGUCGGGUAUCAGCAACGUGUCCGCCAACGACGGGGAUGUUCGGUAUCUGGUCGAGGAGCGUCAUCUGGUCGGCCCCAGAUACAUGGAAUCUAGAUUGAGCUCAUGGACUGUAUGUCACGUGUCGACGAAGCCGCACGCGACCCUCCGGGGUAGGCUGAAAACAGGACACUGGUAUCAGUUUCGUGUGGCGGCUGUCAAUGGAAAUGGAUCGCGCGGAUAUUCACAGCCUUCCAGGCCCUUUAAAACGAAAGAACCGCGAAAUCCAAAGGAACCGCAGAACUUGACAUUGUCUAACGCGCGGCUCGUCGGUGGAAAGCUGCGUAUUAAUUUACGAUGGAUUAAACCGGUGUCGGAUGUGCCGAUAUCGUUUUACAAAGUAUUUUGGAGCAGAUUUAUCCAUGGGCCAACGAACGAUUCUAUUCUCGUCUAUCACAAGACAAUUCUUAAAGACAAGACCUGCUACGAACUGAAGAAUCUGGAGCCCAAGUGCCAGUACUUCCUUCAGGUGCAGGCGGUGGCGAUGUACGGCGGUCGGCGUCUUACCUCGCGCAAGGCGUCCAAGGUCUUCAACAGCACCGAUUACAUGGCGUACGCCGACGUCGGGAGACGUUCCCGCAGGUGCGAGCGGGCGCAGGCCGGCCUUCAUGUGCGCCGCAUGAAUUGCCAUUGUGGGGAAGUCAAGGCGCGUCUAAUUUGGCCGACGAGCAAUGACGCUAGCAUGUAUAAUGUCACUUGGCAAGAGGAGUCCUGUUCGCGCAAGAAGAGCCUGGAAGAUCGACGGAAAUCCACCUCUUGGAAGGUGGUUCAGACACCGCAUUAUGAUUUGCGACAGCUUCGAAAUGACUGCAUGUACAGCGCAAACGUGCGAAAUAUAUUGAAGAGUGGCGAAAGUGUCGGUCAUGGGGCCAGUAUAGAGUUCUUUGCAACCGGAUGUCAGGAUGAUCAAAAGCGGCGGAAGUAUCCGCGGGGAAAAACAAUGCGAUGCAAAACGAAAUCCUCCCGAUCCAUAAAGCAGUUUUCCGGUUUAUUUGUGAUAAAUAAAUAAAUAGAGAUGAAUAAACAUUGAGUUUAUUUGAGCAUAUACGCAAAGCAAACAAAUUACAAGCUAACAAUAACAUAUAAUAAUUGUAAUAUCUAUAACUUAUGAAUAUAAUUAUUACAAUUAUUAACAAAAUUAUUAAUUAUUAAAAUUAUCAACAAUAUUUUCUUCGUAGCUUAUAAAUAUUGCUCUAGAAUCUUAUAAUUCAAUUGUGCUUUGUGUGAAAUAGUUACAUAAAAUUAUUUUUUGAAGAGAGCACGAGGCUUCUGCAACUAUUCAUAAAUGCUUUUUUACAUAAGAUUUUCUCAUAGUAAAAAUCGGAGAUUUUUGAUGUAUAUAAAUGUUUUUACUUAAUAUUAAAAAAAAUAAUUUGUUAACAUAGAUGUUGAAGAAAUAAAUUUAAA